AUGAGACUCUCCAUCUUCUCCGUCCUUGCCAUCGGCGCCGGCAUGGUGUCCGCCAUCCCCCAGCCCGCCAACUCCCUGGCUUCUCCCGUGAAGCGUGCCAACUCUACCCUUGAGAGCCACGCGCAAACGGUCAGCUCACAGGUCAAGGGUCAGAAGGCGCAGACCCUGUCCCAGGGCUCGGAGUGCAUUGGCGGACCGAUCUGCUGCAGCUCGCUCACCACUCCGCUUGACCACAUUGUCGACCCUAUCCUGAAGGACCUCGGCAUUGACGCCGCCGAGAUUGUCGGCUCCGUUGGUCUUCUGUGUGACCCCUACGUGGCCGACACAUGCGACUCCGAGCCUCAGUGCUGCACUGAGCUCAACCUCCUGGGCGGUACUCUCGCUCUCGGCUGCUCGGCUAGCAAGUAG